UACGCACGGCGCGCGCGUACCGUGCGGCCGGACCCCAGUCAGUAUACUCCACAACACGGGAACUUACACACACUUACAGAUUAAGUGAGACUAAGAGAACAAUGAACGAACUAGAUCUGAUCAAAGAAGUUGAGAAACGUCCUAUACUCUAUGAUAAAUCCGUAAGCGGAUUUAACAAAACGAAACUCAGAGAUGAUGCCUGGAAAGAGGUGCAAGAAGCUCUUAAUGUUACAGACUUUUUUACAGAAUCCGAGUGCAAAAAACGCUGGAGAUCUCUGCGUGACUCCUUCAUAAAAUUACAGCGAACUCAUGGAGGUCGUACGAGGUGGCCAUAUCAUCAGGCGAUGCGUUUCCUCCUGCCGCAUAUAGAACCUAAAGCGGAGACCGGAAUAAAAAAAGAGGAGGAUUCCGAUCCCGAAGAAGAAGUGGCAAGACAGCGAGCUAUACAGAACCUUCCAGACUUCUCAUUCAACCAUGACAAAUACGAAGACGACGAAUUUUCAGAGCCAUCGCCAAAGAAACAACGUCUCAACUCCACAGAUGAAGAAUCAUGUCAACAUUGUACUAGGACGGACCCAGACGAAUUAUUCUUGCUGAGUUGCGCUCCGACUUUAAAACGGUUGAAUUCCAAGAAAAACGCGGUAGCUAGACUCAAGAUACAACAAGUGCUUUACGAAGCGGCAUUCGGCAGGGAAAUGGACGCGUCUUCGGCCCAAGAUCACAUAUAUGACGAGCAAGAUGAUUGAAUGCAAUCAUGGAUGAUCGAAUGAAAAAAAAUCGUUAUGUUUUUUAUUAAAAUUUUAUUUUAUUUUCCUCCAGGUCUCUUCUCUACCAAAGAGUACGCCUCGAAUUGAGAACUUCCACAGUUUAAAAACUGCAUAUAAAUAGUACAAACGGUAUCAUUAUUAUUGUAAUAAAGAAUGUUUAUUAAAAUAUGUAGUAGCAUAAGUAUAAUAAUCUAUAAUAUAGAUGACGCUUCAUACUCUGUGAAUUCAGAAGUUCUCUCUUCGAUUAAAUAUGUCUGAUAGGUAAGCUAAUUGUAAAUUUUCAAUUACAUAUUAGAAGACAUUACUAAAUUCCAAGACAAUAGUACGUAUAUUUGUAGAAAUGUUAAUAACGAAUUGUGAACCAAUUUGAUAAAAAAAGACCUAGAUGAGUUAUCG